AUGCAAGCACAUGUACAGACCACAGCAGCAGCACCAGCAGUAGCUGUUGCAGCAGCCAGAGCCGCAGACUUUUUGCAAGCGCUCGCUUCUUCUCCUCUCGCAGCCGUGUCAAGAAGAGUCACUGCUGCAACCCCAGCAAGCACACCAGAGUCUUCUGCAGCGGCAGCAGCAGAAAAUCGAGCAGAUUCUGCAACGACAAUUCAACUGGGCCGGCAGCAGCGGCGCAAGUGGCUGCGCCAGCAGCAGAAGCAGCAGCAGCAGCAGCGCCUUCCAGAAGGCGACAAGGUGGAUUCAGAAGCUGCCACUGGAGAGCACAGAUCCUCUCCUUUAGCAGCUUCAGCAGCAGCAAGAACAGCAGCGGCAGCCGCAGCAGGCUCAUGGGAAACAGAGGGGCGUGCAUCCUUUGCCGCAGUUGUGUCUGCCGCUUCUCCCCCUGCACUUCCCUCUCUUCCAGCUAUUGGCUUGUUGAGAAGGCCAGCUUUCCCUGGUUUCUACCAAUUGCUACAAAUACCUGACCAGCAGCUGUUUGAAGAGCUGGUUCGCCUCAAAACUGGAGGCGGCUGGCGAGACUUUGUCGGUGGAUUUCUCGUGAAGAAGGAACCUCUGAACGAGGAGGACUUAGAACCGGGAGCUAGACUUAGAGAGGACGCAGGUCCUGUCUCGUGCAUCGAUGAGGCUCACCCCGUAGGUUGCCUGUUGCACCUCCUUACCCUCGCACCACAUCCAACACAGCGAGGAGGCCAAGCCAUUGUGAUGCCUUAUCGCCGCAUAAAGUUGGUAGGGGCCGCGCAGUGUUCAGACGAACCAGGAGCAGCAUCGGAGGCGGCGCCGAGAUCAGAAGCAGCUCCUUCAGCACAAGAAGACGCUACAGCUGUUGUCGAGAUGGAAAACAGUGCCUCUUUAGCGGCAGCAGCGGAAGCGGUCCUGGAUGCAGCAGCAGCAACUGCAGCAGCCACUGCAGCAGCAACUGCAGCAGCAGCACAGCCGCAACAAGACUCAGCGCAGGAGAAGCCAGAGGGGGCGGUGUCUACGCAAGGGGGAGAGCAGGAACCCCUGCCGGCAGAGUCGGAGGAGUUGCGACAGCAGUCUGCUGAUGAAGGCACUCCAAGGGGACUGGGGAGUUUGCUGCCUCUGCCGACGCUAAGCGGGGAGAGCAGCAGAGGCACAACGGCCUUACUCUACGUCUCGGUAGUGUUCCCUGAAGAGGCUCCUGCCGUGUCGCUCAGCAGCAGCGGGGGGACGCCUCAUGGGGGCAUCAUCAAAAUGCUGCACUUGGAAAUCCUUGCUACCAUGAAAGAGCUUCUCAAGACUUCCUAUUUUUACAAGGAGCACUUUGACCAAGUAAUUCGUUUCUACAACUUGGACUACCCGCAGAAGUUGGCAGACUUGGUGGCUGGCAUGUCCUUCGCGAAGCGAGAUGAGCUGCAGGCUGUGCUUGCAGAAGAAGACAUUGAAAAGCGGCUCAUGCUCGUGUUACAGAUUGCGAAGAAAGACUUGGAGUUCGCCAAGCUGCAAGUGCACGUGAAAGCGCAAGUUGAAGACAAGAUGACGCGCGUGCAGCGGAAGUUUUUACUCCAGGAGCAGCUGAAGCUUAUCAAGAAGGAGCUUGGGUAUAGCAAAGACGACAAAGAGUCCAUACUCGACCAAUUUCGAGAGCUUUACGCCAAGAAAGAGGCCUUCAUGAAUGAGGAGAUUCAAAAGGCAGUCACGAGCGAGCUAGGCAAGAUCUCCUCGCUGGAUCAGGCCUCUUCGGAGUUUCACGUCAGCCGCACAUACUUGGAGAACCUUCUGAAGCUGCCUUGGGGGGAGUAUUCGAAGGAUUGCACAGACAUAGAGGAGGCUGCCCGCGUGUUGGACAAGGAUCACUUCGGAUUAGCUGACGUGAAGCGUCGAAUUCUCGAGUUUAUUGCGGUCACCAUUCUCAAGAAAGAUUCGCAGGGAAAGAUAUUGUGUUUUGUUGGGCCGCCCGGUGUGGGGAAGACGUCGGUUGGCGAGAGCAUUGCGCGAGCUUUGCAGCGAAAGUAUUAUCGGAUUUGUCUGGGGGGGAUGUUCGAUGUAGCGGAGCUGCGAGGUCAUCGAAGGACAUACAUAGGGGCCCUUCCUGGGAAGAUUAUUCAGGCACUCAAGGUGUCGGAAUCCAUGAAUCCCCUCAUUCUGCUGGACGAGAUCGAUAAACUCGGCCGUGACUUCCGGGGCGACCCCUCUUCCGCGCUGCUGGAAGUGUUGGAUCCUUCUCAGAAUGUCUCCUUUAGGGAUUUUUACUUGGAUGUGCCUGUCGAUCUCCGCAAGGUUCUCUUCGUUUGCACAGCGAACGGACAGGAUAACAUCCCCGGACCUUUGCUGGACCGGAUGGAGAUUAUUCGCAUUGCGGGGUAUAUUCACGAGGAGAAGAUCGCCAUUGCUCAGCAGUACUUGAUUCCCAAGACUGCAGAGGCCACCGGACUCACCGACGCGCAAGUGAAGAUAAAUCCAGACGCGCUGAACGUCAUGGUGAGAGACUACGCGCGCGAGGCUGGGGUUCGAUCUCUUUCCAAAUGCAUCGACAAGCUUUUCAGACGGGCUGCCCUCUCUAUCGUCAGAAAGGAAACGGAGGAAGUUUCCAUCGACGAGAACAACUUGACGAAAUACGUGGAUCAGCCUCCAUGGUCCUCAUCACGGCUCUUCGAGAAGACGCAGCCUGGCAUCGUCAUGGGGUUAGCCUGGACGUCCAUGGGAGGCGCAGUGAUCUUUGUUGAAGCUGUAGGCCGCGUCUUCUCCGAAGGAGCCAACGCUAAAUCGGAUAAGCCUAAUUCGAAAGCCGGCGCCGGUAGCUUGAAGGUUACUGGACAGCUGGGUGGCGUCAUGAGCGAAAGCUGCGAUAUUGCAAUGACCUUUGCGAGAAGCUUUUUGCAUGAAAUCGACCCCCAGAACGCGUUCCUCUCCAACGGGUCGAUUCAUCUGCAUGUUCCCGAAGGCGCAACUCCAAAGGACGGACCUUCAGCCGGCAUAACUCUCGCCUCGGCUCUGCUCUCCCUCGCUCUCAACGUAAACCCCAGACCAGACUUGGCCAUGACGGGGGAACUUACGCUUACAGGCAAAGUUUUGAAGGUUGGCGGCAUCAAGGAGAAGGUAAUUGCCGCCAGGCGCGAAAACCUCAAGACACUGAUCUUCCCCAAGGGCAACCAGCGCGACUUUGACGAGCUUCCCGAUAACGUCAAGGCGAAUCUCGAGAUCCACUUCGUCGAGGACUACCAGCAAGUGUUCGAUAUUGCAUUUGGGGGCCAGAAGGCCGUGGAGGCUGCUCGCGAGGAAGCUUGUCAGAGAGCGACUGCAGCAGAGGAGUCACCGGAGAGAGAUCCUAGCGCAGAUUCCGCGGGGGCUGUUCAAAGCCCCCCCUCCCCUUCUACACCCUUAGCCGCUUGGCAGGAGACCUUUGAAUUGAGGCCGCCACGCUAA